CUUUUGGCGCUGUGGGUUACAGACAACCGACAGAAGCGGCUGCCAAUGAGCUCCGCCGAGUAGGACGGGGGCAGGGCUAGCGCUUAAAGGAGCCGUGACCCCCUUUGCAGACCAGAGGGUGAACCGGAUGAUGGCGGCCAGCGCGGCCCUAGCCCUGGCCUUAUGGCUACUAAUGCCACCAGUAGGGGUGGCAGGGGCGGGACCCCCGCCAAUCCAGGACGGUGAGUUCACGUUCCUGUUGCCGGCGGGGAGGAAGCAGUGUUUCUACCAGUCUGCGCCGGCUAACGCAAGCCUCGAGACCGAGUACCAGGUAAUCGGAGGUGCUGGGCUGGACGUGGACUUCACGCUGGAGAGCCCUCAGGGCGUGCUGUUGGUCAGCGAGUCCCGCAAGGCUGAUGGGGUACACACGGUGGAGCCAACGGAGGCCGGGGACUACAAGCUGUGCUUUGACAACUCCUUCAGCACCAUCUCCGAGAAGCUGGUGUUCUUUGAACUGAUCUUUGACAGCCUGCAGGAUGACGAGGAGGUCGAAGGAUGGGCAGAGGCUGUGGAGCCCGAGGAGAUGCUGGAUGUUAAAAUGGAGGACAUCAAGACAGAUCUCUCUUGGUUACCCAGGCUGGAGUGCAGUGGUGCGAUCUCAGCUCACUGCAACCUCUACCUCUCAGGAGUCCAUUGAGACUAUGCGGACCCGGCUGGAACGCAGCAUCCAGACGCUGACGCUGCUGAGGGCCUUCGAGGCACGUGACCGCAACCUGCAAGAGGGGAACUUGGAGCGGGUCAACUUCUGGUCGGCUGUCAAUGUGGCGGUGCUGCUGCUGGUGGCCAUGCUGCAGGUCUGCACGCUCAAGCGCUUCUUCCAGGACAAGCGCCCAGUGCCCACAUAGCCCCUGCCGCAGAAGGAAGAACAGGGGACGAAGGAGGGGCAAUGGGGCGUGCGUAUGAGACUUGGGGGUCCCUCCCCAAUUUUAGGUUCCUGCCAAAGCAGGAGUGUGCAGUCAGGGCCUGAGGUCUGGCCCUGUGAGUCUCCUUGCAUCCUCAGCGGGCAGGGAACGCCUCUGGCUUGCAGAAGGGGCGGCUCCGCGGCUGCAUUGACGUUUCUGGAAAUCUCGCAGGGUGGGCACUGCAGCGUUGGAAUGGGAGCCUCGGGUUUCCUGGCCCUUCUACUGUAAACGUGCCUUAAUCUAAGCCUUCUUGUUUGAGCAUUGCCUGGUGCGGGGCAGGGCCUAACAAGGACACCUGGAUCCUCCAAGCCACGUUGAGGUCUGGUAAUAGAACACCAGGAAGGGGCCUGCAAGACCACCUGCCCUGCCCCCUCUCCCUGUAGGGGCCCCACACAGGCAUGAGUGGUGGCCCCGCCAACGUCUAGGCAGAAGCCUCCUGGAACAAAGGGUGGUGUGGCCUGGGCAUCGGAGUCAAUAAAUUAUGGUCAGAAAA